UGGCGUUAUCCGUGGAGACUAUGUUAAGGACUCCACAUUCGUUUUGCAAGAGUGAAUGAGUUCAGCGCAAGGACGUUUGAGAAAACGUCACAGCUGAGCGACAUUGUUUCCAGCAAUUGUGGUUCGGUGCCAGAAAAUCAUGUGGGGCUGGUGCUUGAACAAUUGUGGUGAAUCUCAAAUUUGAUGUUGUGCAAAACUUGCAGAUGCAAGCAUUGGUGGCCAGUCAGAUGCAAGGUUUGCAACUGAACCGCACACCGCCCAGGAGAAGUGCUGGAUGACUUCAAAUUCACAACGUGAUUUUGUCGAGUUCCGUAAUGGAACCGAAAGCAAGUGUACUACAGUGAAUCAUCUUUUAUGAACAAUGUUCUAGUGCCCAUGGCAAAGAAGGACGCAUUUCUGAAAUCCUUUGUCGUUCCGCGAUAAGCAUCGCUACACAAUACUCCAGUGCUACAACAGCAUAGUAUCAGCUGAAAAUUAGUUUCUAACAGCCCUGCGCCAUUGUUUCUCUCUCAAGGUGGAUUGGAAUUGCCAUGAGAGGGAGACUGUGAAUGAAUGCGCGAAAGAAAGAGGUAUACUUUAUUAUUAGCUAAUUGUCUGUGACGAAGUCAAGCGUGGUGUGGCCACGAAAGUACAAAUAAUUCUUUUUUAACAGUUUUUUUUAAUCUUAUUCGUUAUAAAAAUAUUGUUAGUACAUAUAGAAAGAUGAGACAGUUUUAGGGGGCAGCUUUAAGUAGCGCCUAUGACCUUCAAGCCCACCUUUGAUGCCUUUUAUUAAUAAUCUCAAUAAAAUUAUGCCUUAUCUUCAUCCUAUCUCCCGACAAGUUGUAUUUUUCGACUGUUUUAAGUUGACAUUCUCAUUUCCAUUCUUUGUUAACCUUUCACGUAUUCUCCGACUCUGUUGCCCAAUUUAUGGGAGACUGCUUGAGUGUUGGUUACAUGUGUCCGGAACCCUUGCUUGCGGAACCUAAUUCGUUGUUUUGUUGCAACCAAAGUUUCUUUCUUCUCCACCAUCCACAAAGACUUGAAGGAAUUGGGGAUUAGGGUUGCCGGAGGUUUACUUCGCAGUUUGUGGAGAGGCGACUGUUGCAUUGUGGAGUAAGUUUGGACUUUGCCGUACGUGAGGCUGGGAUUCAGCGAGUGAGACGAUGGAGGGGUUUGACAGCUUUCGCGAGAUUAGCGGCAAGGAAUUCGAUAGAUUGCGGGUGAUGGCAGAGAAAGAUCCAAUCCUCAAGAAAAACCUAGAAAUGUAUGAGCAGAUCUCGGGACGCAACCUCUCUGAGGCCGUUCGAAAGGAGCAAGAAGAGAAUGACAAACGGUGGGACAUUAUGGUGGCUGACCAAGAAAAAUUGCCGAAGGAGGAACAACCCAGGACGAUGGGUGCGUUCAGCGACAUGCUUGAGAAAUAUGGAUUUAAGCCUCCGACGCCCGUCCCCGAGGCAGAGAGGAGCAAGGAAGGCGACUUCGGCGACUUCAUGAAUGCUUACGGAACCCGAGGGAUGGACCUAAUGGCCGACUACGAGAUGAAGAGCGCUCCUAAGGUAUCUAAGUGCGAGGAGUGCAGGAAAGACGCGAGCAUGAGAUGCAAGCAAUGCGGACAGCCUUACUGCUCCAAGGAGUGCCAGACGAAGGCUUGGCCUACCCACAAAAGAAUUUGCAAGCUGGUAGCUGCACAGCGAAGUUUCUGAAUGUCAUGUUGUAGACCCCCGUGAAGAUGCAUACCACAUAGAAGUAUUACUGAAAAAGGGAUGUUUCGUGUUGCGAAUAGGAAAUCACAACAAACUUGAAUUAAGAGCAUUUUCCACUUAUCUUCA